UGGAGAUCAUGUCUCAUUCCUGCUGCUGAGCUUCCACGGAGCAGGACGACGAGAUGCUGCUGCUGCUGCUGAGGACGCUACUGGUCUGUGCCAUCCCCGGUGCACUGGCACAACUGGGGGAGGAACUGGAUUUCGACUUGGCAGACUUUGAUUUGGGCAUAAGUCCACGCAGGGUCCCUCGACAGGUGAAAACCUUACUGUCCAAGGAGAUGAAACCUCACAUCACGGAACUCGCCAUCAAGACCACCAUCAUCUCGCGCUAUGCCUUCACCGCGGUGCACUGCGCCAUGCUCAACCGGCACUCCGCCGCCAGCGAGGGCGUCUUCCACUUCCAGAUCCCCGCUGGAGCGUAUGUCUCCAACUUCACCAUGAUCAUCGGAGGGCGUGUCUACCAGAGCGAGGUCAGGCCGAAGGGAAAGAGGGUCAAGCAGGACAACGGCAAACCCAAACACAAGGAGUCAGGUGACGCAAGCUCUGAGCCGGAGGUGGAGGUGUUUAAGAUGGCCGUCAGUAUCCCGGGGAGGAACCGGGCCGUGUUCCUGCUCACCUACGAGGAGCUCCUGCAGCGCCGCCUCGGGCGCUAUGAGCACGUGACCAGUCUGAAGCCGCUGCAGCUGGUCAGCCGCCUCAGCCUGGACGUCACCAUCGCCGACCACUCGCUGAUCCAGGACCUGCAGGUGCUGCCGCUCCGCAACGGAAAGACACCAGCCAGGCCGGAGCUUCCCAUCACCACGACCAUCAGGCACGAGAAGAACGCCUGGAGGAUCACGUUCAGCCCCAACAUCGUGCAACAGGCCAAGAUCUCCACCAGCGGCCUCCUGGGAGACUUCGUGAUCCACUACGACGUCCAGAGAGACCUGGGCAUCGGGGACAUUCAGGUUCUAAAUGGACAUUUCGUCCACUACUUCGCUCCCAAGGACCUGCCGGUGGUUCCCAAGAACGUGGUGUUUGUGAUCGACACCAGCGCCUCCAUGAUGGGGACGAAGAUCCGACAGACGAAAGACGCCCUGCUGACCAUCCUGAAGGACCUGCGUCCCGGAGACAGCUUCAACUUCAUCAGCUUCUCCAGCCGGAUCAAAGUGUGGCAGCCGAGCCGCCUCGUCCCGGUGACGCCGCUCAACAUCAGAGACGCCAAGAAGUUCGUCUACAUGCUGGUGCCAACGGGGGGUACAAACAUCGACGGUGCCAUCCAGACCGGCUCCUCUCUGCUCCGGGACUUCCUCUCCGGCCCGGACGCCGGCCCCAACAGCGUGUCCCUGGUGAUCUUCCUGACGGACGGGCGACCCACCGUCGGGCAGACCCUGUCCACGGCGAUCCUGGGGAACACCCGCUCCGCCGUGCAGGACAAGUUCUGCAUCUUCACCAUCGGGAUUGGGAACGACGUGGACUACCGGCUGCUGGAGCGCAUGGCCCUGGAGAACUGUGGGAUGAUGAGACGCAUCAACGAGGAGGCCGACGCCAGCGCCAUGCUCAAAGGGUUCUAUGAUGAGAUCGGAACUCCUCUGCUCUCGGACAUAAGGAUCAACUACACCGACGACUCGGUGCAGUACGUGACUCAGCGUCUCUUCACCAACUACUUCAACGGCUCGGAGAUCGUCAUCGCCGGGAAGCUCACGAACCAAAGUGCAGAAUCGCUCCACGUCCAGAUCACUGCCAGCAACAACGACAGGAGCAUCAUCCUGGAGACCGACGUGCCGCUGAGGCGCCGACAGAUAGAGACCGAGAAGCAUGUGAGGGAAGCGACGGCAGCGAUGGCGUCUGGAGCGAAGGCCCCGGGGAGCGCUCAGGGACUGGGAGUCGCUCUAGGUUCCAUCGCAGAGGACUUUGUAGAGCGUCUCUGGGGUUUCCUGAGCGUCAAGGAGGGGCUGCGGUCGCGGCUGCGCAGCCAAACCAGCAAAGAGCGGGAGGGCCACAUUCACCAGGCCACCAACCUGUCCCUGACCUACCACUUCCUCACGCCCCUCACCAACCUGCUGGUGGAGAAACCAGAGGUCCUGGCCGACGGCACCAUGGCUCCGGCGCCUGGUGAGACUGUCUCAGCUGCCAACGAGCUGCCGAGAGACAUGGAGGACGGGGACUCAGAGACGUCCAACUUGAAGCCGGGCAGCCAGACCUCAUCUCCGAGCAACUCAGCUGGUAAAGUCGAGAGGAGACCCGCCAAGAAAUCCAUCACCGUCUCCAAGACCUCAGCGGAUGGUGACCCUCACUUCGUGGUGGAGUUCCCUCUCAGCAAACUGACCGUGUGCUUCAACAUCAACGGUGAACCUGGACACGUCCUGCGCCUGGUCUCAGAUCACAAGUUCUCCGGCGUGACAGUGAACGGGAAGCUCAUCGGCGCCCCGGCUCCACCAGGCAGCCACAAGCAGCAGCGCACCUACUUCAGCUCCAUCAUCAUCGUGGUGGAUCGGCCCAGACGCGCCUACAUCGAGGUGACCCCGAAGAAGGUCAUCCUGGACGGGCGGGACCGCAUGGUUCUGCCCUGCCACUCCACCGCCGCCGUGGACAGCGGCGUGUUGUCCGUGUCCAUCGUGGGAAAGUCCAACGUGACGGUGACGGUCGGGGGGAACGUCAGCUUCGUGAUCCUGCUGCACCAGUACAAGAACCCGGCUCCGUACCAGAGGGACCAUCUGGGCUUCUACAUCGGGAACAGCAAGGGGCUGUCCAAGAACACCCACGGUCUGCUGGGUCAGUUCCUGUACGAGGACGUGGGACUGGCCCAGCUUCCUGCGGGGGGGGAGGUGAAGCCCUCUCAGGUCCUGAAGGUGAAGGGCCGCUCGGUGCCCGUGGUGCAGAAGAGCCGGAGGAUCUACAGCGGGUCGCAGAGCGUGGACUGCUGGUUCGCCAGGAACAACGCAGCCAAGCUGAUCGAUGGACUCUACGAGGACUACCUGGCUCCACACAUGUUCGACACGGGGGACGGACCCCACAACGCGUGA